GUUUCGAUGCUACAUGCAUUGGUGAACAUUUCAUCAUUUUCUUCUUUUUCAGAAAAGGCACCUUGGUGGCCAAUAACUUUGCAGUCAUGAUCUCUGCCAUUCUCAUGGCCUGUUCCAAGCCAAUCCAGUCGUACGAAUUCAUCAUCUGCGCGCGCUUGAUUGUCGGAACGUGUUCAGGUAUAUCCUUCAGCAUUGUGCCUAUGUACCUAACCGAGCUGGCCCCGAAAAACCUGAGAGGAGCCAUUGGGAGCAUACCCUAUCUCUUCAUUAUUUUGGGCAGCCUGACGGCUCACAUCUUCGGUUUCUCCAAAGCCCUCGGCACCCAAGAAGGCUGGCCGAUCCUUCUGAGCCUCACUGGGAUCCCGGCGUUAUUUCAAGCCGUCGUGCUGCCUUUCUUCCCCGAAAGUCCUCGGUAUCUCCUGAUCCAGAGGCAGAACGAGCCGAAAGCGAGGCAAGCCUUAAAGAAGCUGAGAGGCUGGGAUGACGUGGAAGAAGAGAUGGAAGAGCUCCAGCAGGAGAACCUUGGUGAGAGCACGGAGAAAAAGAUGGACGUGCUCAAGCUUCUCUGGUUCGGUGAGCUGCGGUGGCACCUCCUCUCCACCAUUGUCCUGAUGGCUGGUCAGCAGUUGUCCGGCAUCAACGCGGCGCAGUAUUACAGUGAGAGAAUCUUCCUGUCUACAGGGCUAGGAGAGAAUAUUGUCUGGUACAUCCGAUUGCUGCUCUAUAUUCUUCUCAUGUUCAUAACUCUGCUAGCGAUUUGGACUGUAGACACCUCGGGGCGGAGGACUCUCUUGCUGGUUGGCUACGGGAUCUGCAGCAUUUGCUGUGUCCUCAUAACCAUGUCCCUCGAACUUCAGAGUAACGUCCUCUGGAUGUCUUACUUCAGCUCAUCUUUUAUCACCGUCUUCUUCAUUGGACAGUCUGUCGGUCCAGGUCCGGUAACCAACGUGUUAAUCUCUGAGCUGUUCCUUCAGUCCUCUCGGUCCACCGCCUUCGUCAUUGCAGGCUGUGUACAUUGGCUCUUCAAAUUUCUCAUUGCGGUUAUGUACCUUCAUAUAGACGUACACAUAGAGCCCUAUAGUUUUCUCAUCUUCUGGCCUCUCUGUAUCACCACUUUUAUUUACAUCUCCAAGGUGAUCCCGGAAACCAAGGGAAAGACCUUUCUGGAAAUCAGGCGGAUUGUGGCAAUCCACGAGACCAGGAGGAUGCUGAUCCGAGACCUGGCAGACAUGGAUUAAAGGAGGACCCCUCUGUGCUGCUUUGCAUAUUAUUAUUAUUUUUUAAAAAAGGCAAAGAUCCAAAGGAAA